UGGUUAACCGAUACAUAAGUUUUAUAUUGGAAAACAGGUUGAUGAGAAGUAAAAAUUGAUGUGGCGUUCACAUUUUGCGAUUGAAUGUUUCUCAUUUUGUGACACUAAUGAUUAUAUAUAAUUUUUUCAAUGAUUGGGCAAUGAAAACCAAAAACAUGGUUCCUAUGAUUUACGAAUGGCUCCUUGUGUUAACGGACGUAAGUACUAUGAAAUGGUGACUCCUCGUGUUGAAGAAACUGUCGUCAGAAGGUUUGGUGUGUCCUACUAGUGCAUGGGCUUGUUAACCAACAAGUUGGGCCCGUUUCAAAUGGUCAGGUGUUGGGCUAAAAAUAAGGCUACAGAGGAACAAUCUCUUUCGACUUAGCAAAUUUCCAGAGAAGUGGAAUUAGAGCGCAACCUGAACCGGAAGUAUGCACAUAAUGUAUUAGAAAUAGCUGGAGGGAUCGACGAACUCAGAGCUCCAGAAAUCUGUGACCGAAAUCAAAGAGAAACGGAGAAAUAGAGAAAAUGGCUUCCCCGUCUACGUUCAGCGGCGAUGAGACUGCUCCUUUCUUUGGCUUCCUUGGCGCUGCUGCUGCACUUGUUUUCUCAUGCAUGGGAGCUGCGUAUGGAACCGCGAAGAGCGGUGUUGGUGUGGCUUCCAUGGGUGUGAUGAGACCCGAGUUGGUGAUGAAAUCAAUUGUGCCCGUGGUUAUGGCUGGAGUUUUGGGUAUAUACGGUUUGAUUAUUGCUGUGAUUAUCAGUACUGGAAUCAACCCUAAGGCCAAGUCAUAUUAUCUCUUCGAUGGAUACGCUCAUCUCUCAUCUGGUCUCGCUUGUGGUCUUGCGGGUCUCUCUGCUGGUAUGGCCAUCGGCAUCGUAGGAGAUGCAGGUGUUAGAGCAAAUGCACAACAGCCAAAGCUUUUUGUUGGGAUGAUCCUGAUUCUCAUUUUUGCUGAAGCAUUGGCCCUCUAUGGCCUCAUUGUUGGCAUCAUCCUUUCUUCCCGAGCUGGUCAGUCAAGAGCUGAGUGAAGUUGGAGAUGGUGUCAUCUGUUUUGUGAUCCAUUAGGAAUUAUUUUAUAUAGUUGGAAUGGGAAAGUUAUCUACUCGAGAAUUUGUCUCCAGUUUCAUAGUGUGAUUUUCUGCCAAAUGGAUUUUUAGUUCAGUGGUAUUGUUAUAGUGAAAUGCAGGGUUAGUUAUUAGUUCUUCCUUUAAUUAAAGAUCUCAUUGUUUCAUUGUUCAUGUUGUAUUUUCUGGAUAUAUUCAAGUUUCCUUUUUUUUUUUUU